GAAGCCAGAGCAGGAUGAGUGGGGCAAUGGUCUGGAGGCAAUGCAGAGAGCUCUGCAGAUGGAGAAGGAUGUGAACCAGAGUCUGCUGGAUCUGCACAAACUCUCCUCUGGCCACACUGACCCUCAUCUGUGUGACUUCCUGGAGAGGCACUACUUGGAUGAGCAAGUGAAGAUGAUCAAGAAGCUGGGAGAUCACAUCACCAACCUGAAGAGACUGGGAGCCCCUGAGAAUGGCCUGGGAGAGUACCUGUUUGACAGGCUCACCCUGGGGGAGAGUGACUGAACUGACUGCAGGGAGCAAGCUGUGUAACCUUUGGUAUUAAUGGGAAAUGUGUGUAGAGUAAGGUUACUUUUCUUAAACUGUGACCUGCCCUCUAUUGUGAAAUAUGCCAACUGUAAAUAAACUGCUUGAUAUUGUA